AUGGCGGCCGGGCCCCACUCGGGCCGCCUCGACUUGAUGAGCGCCGCGACCCCGCUCACGUGCGGGCACGACAUGGAUGUUCCGGAAAGUAUGUUGAACCUCGUUCGCCGGCGGUCCGUCGCAAGGCCCGACGGCCCGGCCUCGCCAGUCCAGGCCGCCAGGAUGUUCACUCCCGGGGCAACCAUGUCGGGCUUCAGUAUCUCCGGGGAGAGAAUGUUCGGGCCCCGGGAGGAGAACGCGGCCACCACCGGAGACGGAUGGACGCGGAGCUUCGUCCCGAGGAAUUCUAGCGUGGCGGCCGCGGUUUUGCUUCUGUUGUUUUUCGCGGAAAGCGCGUAUCGUUUGAUGAGCUUUCCCGCGGACUCGCCGACGGCGGUUGCCGGGAGGAGGUGGCAGUCGGCUACGAGCUCCUCCCCGUUGGCGGCGGUGUUGGUCAGAAUCAUCCCGACUCCGCCCGCAUCCUUCACGACCUGCCCCUUCUGCACUCGCGGGCUGAUUCCCCUGUCGCAUAUCACGAUUUUACCCGCGACAGACCGCGGGUCGAGCGUGCCCUCGAGGCACAUCGAGCUCGGCGUUGGGUUCGAGCUCGUCGAGUUACUGUCCCCGUUCGAAGCUCCGGUUAGAGACUCCCCGGAGCCGAGCUUUACGUUCGUCGGGAAUUCCCUAUCCAUCGUGCUGGCGCCGACCGUCGCCACCCACGGCGAAACGUUCGUGAGGCUAAUCGGGUCGGGUCCGCCAUUCCCGGCCGAGCACGACACGAACACGCCUUUCUCCAUGGCGGCGAAAGUCCCGACCGAGAGGCUGUCGCGGUAG